AUGCCUGCAUCAGAUAAUAAUCGUUCAACAGUUUUUGUUAUAACUGGUUCAUCACAAGCAUUUCGUUUUUAUCCAAAACCAUAUAAACAAAUGACUCUUUCAGAAAAAUCCUCAGUACAUAACCGUAGUUCAAUGCGUAUUUUAUCACGAGAUCCACCAUGUAACAAUAUAGGACAUUUAACAAUAAAUUCUACACGUGAUAAAUCGAACGCAUUAAAACAGAUUCUUGAAUUAAAUAACGAUUUUCCAAAUGAAAAAACAAAAUCAUUUGUUCAAUUAACACUUUCAAGCGAAAAUAAUUAUGAACUUGAUGAAUGGAUUGGAUGGAUAAAAUCACGUUUCGCACGUUUUAUAAAUGAUUGUGCAGAAAAAUGUCAUUUAAAUAUUCAAACAUAA